AUGUCUUGUUAUUCUCCACAUUUUCUUGCGUUUUCUUCAUUUUUACAAAAUUAUAUUUUAUGUUUCCUUUUCCUUUCCUGCAGUAAACUACUCAUUCUUUGUACCGUCUUCACAGUUUGGGUUUUUUUCUUCAUAUUCUACUUUUUUUCCUACAUCCUCAUUUUUCUUCUUCUUCUUCUUCUUCUUCUUCUUCUUCUUCUUCUUCUUCUUCACGACUCCCUUCUAAAUUUAUAUCUUCUUAGUCGGCUUUUCCCUAAAUAUUCUGUUUUUCCUCCUCCCUUCCUCAUCCUCUUCCUCCUCCUCCUCCUCUUCUUGUUCUUCAUUUUCUCCUUCAUUUUUCUCCACGUUCAUUGUUUUCUCCUUCUCUUUUUCAAAUUAUUUUUUGUGUUCUCUUCGUUUUUUCAUUCGUCUUUGUUUUCCUCUUCCCUUUUUCAAAUUAUUUUUAUUGUUGUUGUUUUUUUUUGUAUUCGGAGUAUUCCCUUCCACUUCGUGCUCCUCCUACUCUCCUCCUACCCCUCCUACUCUCCUCCUUCCCUCCUACUCUCCUCCUACCACCCCUCCUUCUACCACUCCCCUUCUCCUACCACUCCCUCUCCUCCUACCACAUAUCCUCCUCCUCAUCCCCUUCUCUCCCUCCUCCUCCUCCUCCUUUUACUGUUGUCUUAUUACAUUUUUCGAAUAAUAUUUCAUGUUUUCGCUUUGGUUUUGCAUUUACUUCUACAUUCGUUGUUAUUUUUUUUUAAUUUACUUCAUCGAUUAUCUUUUCCUUCUCUUCUCCUUCCUCUUUUCUUCUUCUUCUUCUUCUUCUUCUUCUUCUUCUUCUUCACGGUCUUUUUCUCCUCCAUUUCUACCUUUUCUUAUUACUUGAAAUUCAUGUUUUCGCUUUCGUUUUUGGAUUCACUUUUUCAUUCCUUAUUUUUCAAAUGUUCUUCAUCAUCGUCUAUCUAUUCACUUUCUUCUUCUUCUUCUUCUUUGCGUGUAUAUGCUUCUGUUCUUUCAUUCAUCUCCUCCUUCGUUAGUCAUAAUUUUAAUCUGUUUACUCUUCCUUCUUCUUAG